AUACCGCGCGUAGUUCUGCUGUUGGAGAUGCUCCUACGUUCGGCAGAGACACAGAACCUUCAACCUUCUGGAUUCCAGAUCUCCUCGAAACCCUAACCCCUCGAACGUUCUAGAACCUCCAUGGAUGGCCUCACGGCGCCCUCACCCUCCCACUCCGGCGCCACCUCGGGCGGCGGCGCCUCCCACCGCAAGCGGAAGCUUCCGCCGCCAUCCCUAUCUGAUGCCACCGCCGACGAGGACGACGACACCACCGCGCCGUCGUCCCCCGCCACCUCCCUAUCCUCGCCCUCCCGCCCGUCGUCUCCGUCCUCCUCCCAUUCUGACGAGGAUGACGACGACUCCCUUACCACCUUCACCGCCGCUCGCCUCGAUACCGCACCUGCAUCCUCCUCCGCCAGGCCUCCCAAGCCCGACUCUUCAUCCGCAUCUGCGGUCACAACGGCGGCUCCCAAGCCCGAUGCCGCGUCCGCGGCGUCUGGAGACGGGAAGGAGGACUCCAAGGGGCUGUUCACGGACAAUAUCCAGACCAGUGGCGCCUACAGCGCCCGGGAGGAGGGUCUCAAGCGUGAGGAAGAUACAGGGAAGCUGAAAUUUCUCUGUUAUUCUAACGAUGGAGUUGAUGAACAUAUGAUUUGGCUGGUAGGUUUGAAGAAUAUCUUUGCACGGCAGCUCCCUAAUAUGCCCAAGGAGUAUAUAGUCCGACUUGUUAUGGAUAGAACUCAUAAGUCAAUGAUGGUUAUCAGAAAUAAUAAUGUUGUAGGAGGCAUUACUUACCGCCCUUAUGCAAGCCAGAGGUUCGGAGAAAUAGCAUUUUGUGCAAUUACAGCUGAUGAACAAGUUAAAGGCUAUGGAACAAGGCUAAUGAAUCAUCUGAAGCAACAUGCCCGAGAUGCUGAUGGUCUCACUCAUUUCUUAACUUAUGCAGAUAACAAUGCUGUUGGUUAUUUUGUAAAGCAGGGUUUCACAAAGGAGAUCACAUUCGACAAAGAAAGAUGGCAGGGGUACAUCAAGGACUAUGAUGGAGGAAUAUUGAUGGAGUGCAAAAUUGAUCAAAAGCUUCCGUAUGUUGAUCUAGCAACAAUGAUUCGGCGUCAAAGACAGGCAAUUGAUGAGAAGAUCAGAGAGCUUUCUAACUGCCAUAUUGUUUAUUCAGGAAUUGAUUUUCAAAAGAAAGAAGCUGGUAUCCCAAGAAGACUGAUGAAACCAGAAGAUAUCCCUGGGUUGAGGGAAGCUGGGUGGACUCCUGACCAGUGGGGGCAUUCCAAAUCACGUUCAACAUUUUCCUCGGACUAUAGCACUUACAGACAGCAGCUUACUAGCCUUAUGCGGAUGUUGUUGAAGCUGACCAGAUUCAAGAAUUCUCUUCUGUCCUCAGUGCUAAACAAAUUGCUGCACAGAUCAAAGCAAAUCUAAUGAAAGCUCAAGAAAGGAUGAAGCACUAUGCUGACAGACAAAAAGAGGUCAGAAAGAUCACUAGAAGUGGGGGACGUCGUUUACCUGAAGCUACAACCAUAUAGACAUACUACACUCAGCAUUCACAGAUGCCUCAGAUUACACUCGAAGUAUAUGGACCUUUUCGAAUCAUCUAGAAAAUUGGUCCUGUGGCUUACAAGUUGCUCUUGCCUGAUCAUUGCAAGCUCCACCCAACUUUCCAUGUCAGCCAGCUGAAGAAACACUUGGUCCCAACUGCAAUUCCCAAUCCCAACCUACCUCUUCUCCACGAAGAUGGGACAAUUCUGCUUGAACCAGAAAAGCUUCUGGACAGAAAACUUAUCCCAAGAGCCCAGGGUGAUAUCCAGGUGCUAGUUGUUCGUUGGCUGAUCAAAUGGGCAAAUCUCGAAGCUGAGCACGCCACCUGGGAGGAUGCCUCGUUCAUUCAGAAGGUUUUCCCAGCUUUCGACCCUGAGGACAGGCCGAAUGUCGGGCCGGGGGAGUUGUCAGGCCUCAACUAAAGCCUAUCUGUUGCAGCGCCAACUGAAGACCAUAAUUCAAAUUCAAAAGAAGGGCGCCAAGCUACAACAGCCGUCCAUCUCCGAUCCAACGCUCCUACACGCAACGUACCGCUUCGCUGGGACAUGAUGCUACGAGAAGCGUUCAUCAACGAUCCGACGGUCCUCGUGCCUCCGUCAUCGCCUGUUACCGCGAGCGCCGGCUGAAGAGUGAUCUACCACCUUUUUUACUGCUUUUCUCAGUUUUUACCCCACCUUUGUAAGGCUAUAAAGCCAUGGAUCGCAGCUCAGUGGAGCAUUAUCUUGUUUAGGGUUUCCCCUCUGAAUCUCUACGAUCGUCAGGGUCUGACAUCCUAGGAUCGUUCUGAUGCUUAAGCGUUGCAUUGGGGACGCUUUAGAAACAGUGA